AUGAAGACCUCCACAGCUGCCCUUGCUGUACUUUUUGUGGCUGUCCUCUGCUACCAGGUCUCCUCUUCUCCAAAUUCUGUCAACUUUUCUGGUCCCUGCUGCAUCCAAUACAGCACCAAAGCUUUUCCCUCAAGCCGCGUGGUGAUGUAUGAGUACACAGGCAGCCACUGCUUCCAGCCAGCCGUGAUAUUUACCACAGUCGCAGGCAAGCUGGUCUGUGGCAAACCUGAUGAUAAGUGGGUCCAGGACAUCGUGAAUCACCAAAAGGACAAGGCAAACAGUGGAUGAGCAACGCCCUGCUCCCUCCAAGCAUCACCUCUGUGAGGACCUUCUCUCAUGGGCACCGUGUACCUUUUUUCUUAUUGCCUGUAAAUUUGGCAGACUGUUUAUACAGUGUUUAGCUCUUUUAUUUAAGUUUAUGCAAAGGUAUUUUUAAUUUAUUUGGCAUUUUCAGUGAAACUUUUCAUUCUAAUUUGUACUGAUUGCAUUG